AUGGCGGACGGUCCCGUGGCCGAGCUGCUGCUGCGGCGGCUCGAGGCAGCCGAUGGCGGCCUGGACAGCGCGGAGCUGGCCACACAGCUGGGCGUGGAGCACCAGGCGGUGGUGGGCGCGGUGAAGAGCCUGCAGGCUCUGGGCGAGGUCAUCGAGGCCGAGCUCCGCUCCACCACGCGCUGGGAGCUGACCGCUGAGGGUGAGGAGAUGGCUCGGCAGGGCAGCCAUGAGGCCCGUGUGUUCCGCAGCAUCCCCACCGAGGGCCUGCUGCAAAGUGAGCUUAUGCGACUGCCCAGUGGCAAGGUGGGCUUCAGCAAGGCCAUGUCCAACAAGUGGAUCCGCGUGGACAAGGGUGCAGCCGACGGACCCCGCGUGUUCCGAGUGGUGGACAAGGUGGAGGACGAGGUGCAGCGGCGGCUGCAGCUAGUCCAGACAGGGCAGGCUGAGAAACUGGCUGAGAAGGAAAGGAGUGAACUCAAGAAGAGGAAACUGCUGACUGAAGUGGUCCUGAAAACCUACUGGGUGAGCAAGGGCAGGGCUUUCAGCACCACAGUGUCCAAGCAGGAGGCAGAACUGAGCCCUGAGAUGAUCUCCAGUGGCUCCUGGCGGGACAGGCCCUUCAAGCCCUACAAUUUCUCUGCCCAUGGUGUGCUCCCCGACAGUGGCCACCUGCACCCCUUGCUCAAGGUCCGCUCCCAGUUCCGGCAGAUCUUCCUGGAGAUGGGGUUCACCGAGAUGCCCACCGACAACUUUAUUGAGAGUUCCUUCUGGAACUUCGACGCGCUCUUCCAGCCCCAGCAACACCCCGCACGUGACCAGCAUGACACCUUCUUCCUCCAGGACCCCGCUGAGGCCCUGCAGCUCCCUAUGGACUACGUUCAGCGUGUGAAGCGGACCCACUCCCAGGGUGGCUACGGCUCACAGGGGUACAAGUACAACUGGAAGCUGGAUGAAGCACGGAAAAACCUGCUACGCACACACACCACAGCGGCCAGCGCCCGUGCCCUCUAUCGCCUGGCCCAGAAGAAGCCCUUCACACCAGCCAAAUACUUCUCCAUUGACCGGGUGUUCCGGAAUGAGACUCUGGAUGCCACCCAUCUGGCGGAGUUCCAUCAGAUCGAGGGUGUCGUCGCUGACCAUGGGCUCACACUAGGCCACCUCAUGGGUGUGCUGAAGGAGUUCUUCACCAAGCUGGGCAUCACCCAGUUGCGCUUCAAGCCGGCCUACAACCCCUACACGGAGCCCAGCAUGGAGGUGUUCAGCUACCACCAAGGUCUGAAGAAGUGGGUGGAAGUCGGCAACUCCGGAAUCUUCCGCCCCGAGAUGCUUCUGCCCAUGGGGCUCCCCGAGAAUGUCUCAGUCAUCGCCUGGGGCCUCUCCCUGGAGCGGCCAACAAUGAUCAAAUACGGCAUUAACAACAUCCGGGAGCUGGUGGGUCACAAGGUGAACCUGCAGAUGGUAUAUGACAGCCCCCUUUGCCGCCUGGAUAGCGAGCCAAGGUCCACACAGACGCAGGUGGCUGCGUGACACAGGCCGCCCCUUGGGAGCACCCACCUGCCCUUCUGCAUCUCCCGUCAGGGACCCUUGGUAUUUAUAAGGCCUCCGUGAGGCAAGCCCUCCCCUCUGCCGGGCCCGUCACAGGGCCAGGGUUCCAGGGGCAGGAGGGCAAGGGCUGAUUCCUUCUGCUGGCCUUUGGUGGUCUGUAGGCCUAUGAGUGUGGGCCAGGGGGACCCUGUACCAGCUGCCGUCUAAUAAAAGAGGUUACUUGUC